UCAAUGUAUAGCCACGAAAUUUGAUGAACAAUUUAGUGUGGUUUGGACGCUUAUAGUAAUCGGACUUAAAAGCUUUAUUCUUUACCGUGUUUAAUCAUGGCUGAUGAUACAAAUGGAAAAGAUGUUGUUGCCGAAGGAAAUGGCGAAAUUGAAGGAGUUGAAAAGAAACUAAAAUACCCGUACUCAGUAUUCUUCAUUAUCAGUAAUGAAUUUUGCGAGAGAUUUAACUAUUAUGGAAUGAGAACCAUUCUUGCUCUGUACUUAACACGAAAACUUUUAUUCUCCGAUGAUGUUGCAACAAUUUUAUACCAUUCAUUCACAACACUUGUAUACUUUAUAUGCAUUAUUGGUGCAAUUAUUGCUGACAGUUGGUGGGGAAAAUUCAACACAAUUCUUUGGCUUUCACUCGUUUACGUCUCAGGAAGUACAGUCCUCACACUUGGAGCUGUUGAAAACUGGAAAAUGCCAGCUAAAACGUUCACAUUUAUUGGUUUAGCAUUGAUUGCAAUCGGUAGUGGUGGAAUUAAGCCUUGUGUAGCUGCUUUUGGUGGAGAACAAUUUAGAAUGCCACAACAAGCCAAACAGCUUGCACUCUUCUUCUCACUUUUCUACUUUUCAAUCAAUGCCGGUUCUUUGUUAUCAACCUUUGUUACUCCAAUUUUAAGAGAAAUGGAAUGCUUGGGAAUGGAUUCUUGUUUCCCAUUCGGUUUUGGAUUACCAGCUAUUUUGAUGGCUGUUUCUAUUGUUAUUUUCGUAGCAGGAAAGUUCAUGUAUAGAAUCUUACCAAUUCAAGGAAACAUGUUGGUUAAAGUCUUCAAGUGUAUUGGCGAAGCAAUCAGCACAAAGAAGAAGGAAAAAGAUACAAACCCAAGAGAGCACUGGCUUGAAUAUGCAGAACCAAGAUUUGGAAAGAAACUUGUCAUGGAAACCAAAAUUCUCCUCAACGUACUCGUCCUUUACAUUCCACUUCCAAUUUUCUGGGCUCUUUUCGAUCAACAAGGAUCAAGAUGGACUUUCCAAGCUACACGUAUGGAUGGUGAUUUAGGAUGGUUUACAAUUAAACCUGAUCAAAUGCAAGUCAUCAACCCAUUCCUUAUUCUUACUUUCAUUCCUCUUUAUGAGCUGUUGUUCUAUCCACUUCUAUCGCUGAUUGGAAUUCGACGACCACUUCAAAAAAUCACUCUUGGUGGAAUUUUUGCUGGUGUAGCAUUUAUACUCUCAAUGGUUGUUGAAAUAGCAAUUGAACCAACAUAUCCAGUACUCCCAAAAGCUGGAUGGUCACAACUCAGAAUGUACAAUGCAAGAAAUUGUGAUUAUAAUCUUUAUGUUAAUCUUGAUAUUGAAAACAAAAACUUCAACCUCUCAUCAAAUACAUUUGCAAGUGAUCUUUGGGUUCCAAUUAAUGGAGACUCACAAAAUUUCGAUUUUUUACUGACGGCAUUGAGUCCAGGUUGUGAUUCAUAUAAUGGACAAGGGAAAUUAGAAAGUGGUAAAGCCAACAGUUUCUUAUUGUCUGGCAGUGGUCCAACUCCUUCAAUCACAACAUUUGAAGACGAUCCAGACAAAUCUCGCCAAGGAAAGCCAAUCGUUAGAAUUUUAGCAAAUGUUGGUGAAACUACAAAGAUUUCUUUACGUACUAAGAAUGGAAUAGAAUACGAGGAUACUAGAGCUAAUAUGAAUCAAACUGAUAUUACAUCGACAACUUAUGACAUAUUAAUUGGUGGAACAGUUGUUUCUACUGGACAUCCAAUGAAGACUGGUGGUGUUUAUGUGGUUUUAGCUCAUGAAAAGUCCGCAAAUACUUAUGAAGCAAGUGUUGCUACCGUUACUGGUGCUAAUUCUGUCAAUAUGCUGUGGCUAACCCCGCAAUACGUGGUUAUGACUUUGGGAGAGGUUAUGUACUCAGUAACAGGUCUACAGUUCUCAUAUACACAAGCUCCAGAGAGUAUGAAGAGUGUCAUUCAAGGUUGCUGGUUGUUGACAGUUGCUGUUGGAAACUUGAUAGUUACAAUUAUUGUUGGUGCUCAAUUCUUCAGCUCACAAGUGUACGAGUUCCUCCUCUUUGCAUGUUUGAUGUUCGUAGACAUGAUUGUAUUUUCAUGGCUUGGUAUACGUUACAAGCCUAUUCCACUUGACGAGAUUAAGAAGGCUGAAGAAGAAGAGAAAGCUUUAAAAGACGGAAAGGGAAGUGAUCCAUUAGAAUUCAGAGAAAAUAAUUAAUAAACUGGUUGAAUUUUUUAAUUUUCUAAAAAAGUCG